AUGGACGGCGACUGGCUGUCGCUCCCCAAGCCCAAGGCGCUGCUGCACGAGCUUGAGGCCGAGUUGCUGGCAUACUCGCCCGAGGAGCUGGUGCGCAUCGCCAACGAGCAGCGACGACUGGAAGCGGCCAUGGGGUACGUCAAGACCAAGUCGGUGCCCGGGCGAGCAGACGCAGCUGGUGGUGGAGCCGCGCGCGAGGGCGCCAACUUCGUGCGCGAGCACCAGUGCAACUGCUUUGUCGGCGCGCCGCAGCUGUUUGAGCCAGUGCUGCGGCAAGGGAAGAUGACGACCAGGCCUGCCACCCACUCCCAGGCAGCGGAAUGCUCUACCAGCGAAUCCCCCACCCUCAAAGCUCCUGUCCCAGCGUACUCUCCGACCUAG